AUGGAAGACAACGGAUCAUGGUGCCUGAUCGAGUCGGACCCCGCCGUCUUCAGCGAGCUGAUCCGCAACUUUGGCGUGACGGGCGUCCAGGUCGAGGAAAUCUAUUCGAUGGACGAUGAAGCGUGCGCCCCACUGCAGCCUAUACAUGGACUCAUCUUUCUAUACAAAUGGCGUGCCGGUGACGAGCCGAUGGGAACCCCCGCCACCGACCCGAAGAUCUACUUUGCCCAGCAGGUCAUCACCAAUGCCUGCGCGACCCAGGCUAUCAUCAAUCUGUUGCUGAACCUUGAACAUCCUGAUAUCGGGCUUGGAGAUACCCUCAGCGAAUUCAAGUCGUUCAGUAAGGACUUCGAUCCUGCCUGCCGUGGUCUCGUCCUCGGAAACUCCGAGCAGAUCCGUUCCGUCCACAACAGCUUCGCGAGAGCCCAACUCUAUGAAGUCCUGCAGCCGGCCGGCAAAGAUGAGGAUGCUUUCCACUUUAUCACCUACGUACCAAUCGGGGACAAGGUGUACGAACUGGAUGGUCUGCGCGAAUGCCCCUUGGAGGUGGGCACCGUUCAAGAGGGCCAAGACUGGAUGGACGUCGUCCGGCCAGUGAUCAACGCCCGUAUUGCCAAGUACCAGCAAGGCGAGAUCACCUUCAAUCUGCUCGCCCUCGUCAAGGAUUUGCGCGCCAAACUUCAGGAGGAGCUCGAGGCCCUUGGAGAGACUGGAGAUCCGAGUGAGGUUGCGCGCCUCAUCGACGAGCUGCAACAGGAGAACAAGCGUCAGGCACGAUGGAUUCUUGAGAAUCGCCGUCGUCGCCACAACUACAUACCGUUCAUCGUUGAUCUACUGCGCACAUUAGCCAGGGAGGAUAAGCUGGUGCCGCUCGUCAAGUCGGCUAUUGCCAAGAAAAAGGCGGCCACCCAGAUGAAGAAGGAGCGCGCGGAGGCCAAAGCAUCAGUGAAAACCGAGCCAGAAGAAUCUCAA